AUGUCGGACGAUUCCAUGGUCGAGUCCGUCUUUGACGACGAGGGAAGCUCUGACUUCGUUCCCGAACCCGCUCCCAAGCCCAAGGCGAAGGCGGCGCCUAAGAAGGCCGCUCCCAAGAAGUUAACUCAGACUACCCUCACGGGUAAAGGAAAGGCUGCCGCCUCCAAGAAGCGCGCCAAACCCGACAGCGACGAAGAUAUGUCAGACGCCGACCCCUUCGACAUGGGUGAUGACGACGACAACUCCGUGCUCUCCCAUACCCCACCAAAGAAACAGAAGAAGGCCCCGGCCACCAAGAAGGGCGGCUCGAAGCCACUCGCAGAUGUAGAAAACGAGUCAUUCAUGGACGGCAUCGAAGAAUCCAACAACCAGGACAAGGACACCAAUGUAUCAGAGAAGUACCAGAAACUCACCCAACUCGAACAUAUCAUUAAACGUCCGGAUACAUAUGUUGGGUCCACCGAACGCACCACGCAGCACAUGUGGGUGUACAGCUCGGAGUCGGAAGGCAUGGAGUACCGUGAGGUCUCCUACGUCCCUGGUCUUUACAAAAUCUUCGAUGAAAUUGUCGUCAACGCCGCCGAUAACAAGCAGAAUGACAAGAACAUGGAUGAGAUCCGUGUCACAAUCGACCGCGAGUCGGGCGAAAUCAGUGUGUGGAACAAUGGUCGGGGUAUACCCAUCGAGAUGCACUCCAAGGAGAAGAUGUAUGUCCCGGAACUGAUUUUCGGUCACCUCCUCACUUCCUCGAACUACGAUGAUACGCAAAUGAAGGUCACUGGUGGUCGUAACGGUUUCGGUGCCAAGCUCUGUAACGUGUUCUCCACUGAGUUCACAAUCGAGACCCAAGACUCUCGCCAGAAGAAGAAGUACAAGCAGACAUGGACUGAGAACAUGACGAAGAUGGGGAAAGCCAAAAUUACCGACGCCAAGGGCGCCGAUUACACCAAGGUUACCUUCAAGCCUGACUACGCCAAGUUUGGCAUGACCGGUAUGGAUGAUGACUUUGAGGCCCUGGUCAAGCGUCGUGUCUACGAUCUUGCUGGAACCGCUAAAGUGGCGGUCAAGCUGAACGGCUCUCGCAUUCCUAUCCGCAACUUCAAAAUGUAUAUGGAAAUGUACACCAAAGCCAUCCGGAGGGAGCGCGGUGAUAUGGGCCCUGCAGGCAAGAACGAGAUCAUCACCUGCAGCCCCGAUCCUAGAUGGGAAGUCGGAUUUGCUGUGUCCGACGGUGCUUUCCAGCAAGUGUCGUUCGUCAACUCCAUCGCCACAACCUCUGGAGGUACGCAUGUCAACUACAUCGCCGACCAAAUUUGCGGCAAACUGGCCGAGCAGGUCAAGAAGAAGAACAAAAACGGUGCCACCCUCAAACCUGCCCAGAUCCGGAACCAUAUCUUCAUUUUCGUGAACGCCCUGAUUGUCAAUCCUGCUUUCACUUCUCAGACUAAGGAGCAGUUGACGACGAAGCAGUCUCAGUUUGGCAGCAAGUGUGUUUUGGAGGAGGACUUCUACAAGAAGAUCUUGAAGACUGAAGUGAUGACCAACAUUCUGCAUUUUGCCCAGCAAAAGGCCGAUCAAAUGCUGAAGAAAACUGACGGCGGUCGCCGUAGCCGCAUGAACAAUCCCAAACUGACUGAUGCCAACAAGGCCGGCACCAAGGAGGGUCAUCACUGUACACUCAUUCUUACAGAAGGUGACUCCGCUAAAGGCUUAGCCAUGGCGGGGCGUGCCGUUGUCGGCCCUGAUCUUUUCGGUGUCUUCCCUUUGCGUGGUAAACUCCUCAACGUUCGUGAUGCAUCCUUCGAUCAGAUCGCGAAGAACCAAGAAAUCCAGAACAUCAAGAAUUUCAUUGGCCUGCAGCACAAGAAGGAGUACACCGACACCCGUGGUCUUCGUUACGGUCAUUUGAUGAUCAUGACUGAUCAAGAUCAUGAUGGGAGUCACAUUAAGGGCUUGCUUAUCAACUUCCUUCAGGCUCAAUUUCCCAGCUUGCUCAAAAUUCCCGAGUUCCUGAUUGAGUUCAUCACUCCAAUCGUGAAGGUUUGGAAGGGCGAUCCGAAGAACCCUACCAAACAACGUUCGUUCUUCACUAUGCCCGAGUAUGAGGCUUGGAAAGAAGAGCAUGGCCAUGAGCGCGGUUGGGAGCACAAGUACUACAAGGGUCUGGGUACCAGUACCACGGAAGACGCGCAAAUUUACUUCCGCGACCUUGACCGUCACCUGAAAGAGUUCCACACUAUGCAGGACAAUGAGGUAGAGCUCAUCGAGCUUGCAUUCUCGAAGAAAAAGGCCGACGAGCGUAAGGAAUGGCUGCGCCAGUUCCGCCCCGGCACUUUCCUGGACCACUCGGUCGACAAGAUCACCUACACUGAUUUCAUCAACAAGGAGUUGAUUCUAUUCAGUAUGGCCGACAACAUCCGUUCCAUUCCAUCCGUGGUUGACGGUUUGAAGCCUGGUCAACGCAAGGUCCUCUACACCUGCUUCCGCCGCAAUCUGAAGAAGGAUAUGAAGGUGGUUGAACUGGCGGGUCACGUUUCCGGAACUACCGCAUACCAGCAUGGUGAAGGUUCUUUGCAGCAGACUAUCGUCGGUCUUGCUCAAACCUUCGUUGGCUCGAACAAUGUCAACUGCCUCGAGCCAAGUGGAAACUUUGGUUCUCGUCUUCAGGGCGGUGCUGACUGUGCUAGUGCUCGUUACAUUUACACUCGGUUGUCGCCUUUUGCCCGUCGUGUCUUCCAUAAUCACGACGAUCCUCUCCUCACAUACAACGAGGAUGAUGGUGCCAAGAUUGAGCCGGAGGUUUACGUCCCGGUGGUUCCUAUGAUUCUCAUCAACGGUGCUGACGGUAUUGGUACUGGAUGGAGUUCCUCGAUCCCCAACUAUAACCCCGAAGAUAUUGUGGAAAACCUCAAGCGGAUGAUGGAUGGCGAGCCUCUCAAGCCCAUGCAGCCCUGGUUCCGUGGCUUCACCGGUGAGGUGACUGCUGUCGGCCAGGACCGCUUCAAAUUCAGCGGCAUCAUCAAGGAAACCGGCGACAAGGAAGUCGAGAUCACAGAACUCCCUAUUCGCACGUGGACUCAGGAUUUCAAAGACAAGCUUGAAGACAUCAUCAAGGCCGAAAAGACUCCCUCCUUUAUCAAGGAUUACAAGGAUUACAACACCCACACCAAGGUGCACUUCGUCAUCCAGAUGGAUGAGAAGCAUAUGAAAACCGCUAUUGCAGAGGGCCUGGAGGAGAAAUUCAAGCUGUCCAAGACGAUGACGACUACCAACUUGGUUGCAUUCGACCCCGAAGGGCGCAUCACUAAGUAUGCUUCGGUGGAAGACAUCAUGAAGGAGUUCUAUGCUGUCCGCUUGAAGUACUAUGAGCGCCGCAAGCAAUACCAGCUGAAUGAAAUGCAGAAAGAACUGGACAAACUCAGCAACCAGGCCCGCUUCGUGCAAAUGAUCAUCGAUGGGAAGCUUGUUAUUUCCAAGAAGAAGAAGGCUGUCCUGGUCGCUGAGUUGAAGGAGAAGGACUUCAAGCCAUUCCCCAAGGUGAAGGAAGCCGUCAAGGCCGGUGAGACAGAGCCUGUAGUUGAAGAGGAAGAGGACUCGGAAUCUGGUGACACGGAAGUGCUGUCCAACUCCUACGAUUACCUCUUGGGUAUGCCCAUCUGGUCUUUGACUCAGGAGCGUGUCGAGAAGCUCCGCCGCCAGAUUGGUGACAAGGAACUCGAAAUUGACACGUUGAUCAAAUUGUCCAAGGAAGAUAUCUGGAAGCGCGACCUUGAGGACUUUAUCAAUGAAUGGCGGUUCCAGAACGACGAAGAAGCUCGCCGCCAGCGUAAAGUUGCCAACAUGGGUCGUCGCACGUCCUCCAAGCUCAUGACCACCGGUCGCGGAGGUGGCGCUGCUGCAAGAAAGAGAAAGGCAGCCCUUGGAGAUGACCCCGAUGACGAAGAUUUUGCGGCUCCAAAGUCCAAGAAGUCGGCCGCGGCAAAGAAAACAGAGUCCAAGGGUGGUGGUCUUCUCAGUUUUCUGGGCAAGUCGUCGGCUAAGCCUAAGCCUUCUCCCGCUGAUGGAGGUGAUUCAGACGAUGACUUCGAUAUGGAGAUCAUGCCCAAGAAGAGCAGAGGAGCACCUAAAUCGGAGCCUAAAGCCGAUCCCAAGCCCAAAGAUGAGGAUGAAGAUAUAGUCAUGGAGGACUCCGACAUCGAGGAAAUUAUUCCGAAGAAGAGUCGAGGCAGUUCCAAACCUUCAGUCAAGCCUGAAAGUGAAGAUGGGCAAGCUAAGAUUGCGGAGGCGCCAAAGAGAGGUCGUGCAGCUGCCAAGCCGAAACCGAAGCCGAAGUCUGAGGACGAGGAAGACGAACUCGAUGAUGACGACUUCAUGGAAAUUACCAAGGCUGAGGCUGCUAAGCCCUCUGCGCAACCCGCUCGAUCUGGCCGCAAAACGACCAAAUACGCCGAACUGAGCGACUCUGAUAGCGACAACGGGGAUGACUUGCUGGGCGAUGUGAGCAAGAUGGUCAAGGGUAUCGGUAGUACGAAUGGCGCUUCGACCUCGGACUCCCGCCUGCUCUUCUCUGAACGCUCUCGUCCUGGAAGCAGCGCGGGCCUGAAGACCACUGCAUCGAAGGCCUCCAAAACGUCCGAAUUCGAUGCCGACGAGACUGACUACAGCAAACUCGUCCCUUCCAACACUCCUCGUCGUUCCCUGCAGGUCAAGCCCAAGGAUGCGAAGGUGUCAGAUGACAACGAACCCGAGGACGACGAUGACGAGCCUGUGAAACCCGCUGCCAAGGGCAAGGCGGCUGCUAAGGGCAAGUCAACCGCCGCCGCGGCGAAACCAACUGCUGCAAAGGCUCGUGGUCGGCCGAAGAAAGAUGCUGCCAAAGCCACCACCCAGACUACCCUGUCCCCUGCCGCAAAGGCGUACGCAUCGAAGCAAUCCAAGGCCACGACGGCCAAGAAGAAGAAGCUAGUAGAUGACCUCUCAGACGACGAUAUCGACGCAAUGGCCAAUGACAUCCUCGACUCUCCCGCCGGAGGCAAGAGGGAUGCGGAGUCAGAGGAAGAAGAGCGUCCUACUCGAAAGACCGCGUCUAGACCAGCUCGCCGCACGGCCGCUGCGAAGAAGACGUAUGUGAUCGACGACGACGAUAGUGAGGAGGCUGGUGGAGACUCGGGCGACGACUUUGACGAGGACAGCGAGUGA